AAAUUAAUUUUAAAAAACUUGGAAGAAGUAGUGCGCGGGUUAGCAAAUUGGAGUUAAAUUGAACCGCAGUAAUCAGUUUGGCUAUUGUGCUGUUAACUCUGGUUUUGAAUUUUUUUUAUUGUUUGCCAGUAAAAUUGAUUCGUCAUCCUCGAGAACAAGAAGAAGAGAAGGUUUUUGACGUCUUUUCAGGCUUGAAGGAGAUUACUAUUAUUUUUUAAACCUUUAAUUCGACGAGGUAGUGGGUUCGAAUCUAGGGCCUUAAUUGAGCAAACAAAAUUUGUUUUCUUUUGUUUGGCUGUCGAUCUGAGGGUUAGCGAGGGCAUUUUGAUGUGCCCGCGAUCUGAGGAUUCAGCAAUGAGGGCAUGGACUUACGAGCUGUCCGAGAACUGGGUAUGCAUCGGAAUUUAGUUUCGGCGAUCGGUUAGGUUUUCUGUGAGCUUGGCAGGGUUUUGGGCAAGGGUUUCGAAGGCGGUAGUUAAUUCAUGGGCGGCAAGGGACUGAAUGAACAAUGCUCAACAGGUUAAGCUCUCUUUGCGGUUUUUGGAUCGAAAGGAAUUCUGUUUGGCAAAGAAUUCAGAGUAGAAAUUGUUUAAGGCUAUUGCUAUGGAGGUGGAUUCAGGGAUGGGGCCUGAAUCUGAACAGGAACAGACACAAAACGCACAGGAGAAUGCAGACAGUAGUAAUCAACAGCAGGGGGAAUCAAAUCCGUAUGGCGAAGAGCAGGCAAUGGCCGUUCAGCAGCAGAAUCAGCAGCAGAAUCAUCAGCACCAGGGAUCAGUCAUUAAUGGUGGACCCAGGCCUGCUCCAACUUACAAGGUGGUUAGUGCAAUAAUGGAGAAAGAGGAUGACGGGCCAGGUCCCAGGUGUGGGCACACAUUGACAGCCGUUGCUGCUGUGGGAGAUGAGGGGCAGCCUGGUUAUAUUGGCCCUAGGUUGAUUUUGUUUGGAGGUGCCACUGCUCUGGAGGGAAAUUCUGCUGCAGUCGGACCGCCUUCGUCUGGUGGGAAUGCUGGAAUCAGACUUGCGGGAGCUACUGCUGAAGUGCACUGUUAUGAUGUAUUGACAAAUAAAUGGACAAGGCUUACUCCUGUAGGAGAUCCACCAUCCCCUCGGGCAGCACAUGUUGCAACUGCUGUGGGUACAAUGGUUGUAAUUCAGGGUGGCAUUGGACCUGCUGGUCUGUCAACAGAAGAUCUGCAUGUUCUCGAUUUAACACAACAACGGCCACGUUGGCACAGGGUAGUUGUUCAGGGACCUGGUCCUGGACCUCGAUAUGGUCACGUGAUGGCUCUCGUAGGGCAGAGAUUUCUCUUGGCAAUCGGUGGAAAUGAUGGUAAAAGACCUUUGGCAGAUGUUUGGGCCUUGGAUACAGCAGCUAAACCUUAUGAAUGGCGGAAACUAGAGCCAGAAGGGGAUGGCCCACCUCCAUGCAUGUAUGCAACUGCAAGUGCCCGUUCAGAUGGCUUACUUUUGCUUUGUGGAGGAAGAGAUGCAAGCAGUGUGCCUUUGUCCAGUGCAUAUGGUCUUGCAAAACACAGAGAUGGGCGCUGGGAAUGGGCAAUUGCUCCUGGUGUAUCACCGUCUCCUAGAUAUCAACACGCAGCUGUUUUUGUUAACGCAAGGCUCCAUGUCUCUGGGGGAGCCCUUGGUGGGGGACGCAUGGUAGAAGAUUCUUCUAGUGUUGCAGUUUUGGACACUGCAGCUGGAGUCUGGUGUGACAGCAAAUCUGUUGUUACAAGUCCUCGGACAGGAAGGUAUAGUGCAGAUGCAGCUGGUGGGGAUGCAUCAGUUGAGCUUACAAGGCGUUGUCGUCACGCUGCAGCAGCCGUGGGUGAUCUAAUUUAUAUUUAUGGUGGCUUGCGUGGGGGUGUAUUGCUUGAUGACUUGCUUGUAGCUGAAGAUCUUGCAGCAGCUGAAACAACAUCAGCUGCAUCACAUGCAGCAGCAGUUGCUGCAAUUGGUAAUGUGCAGCAAGGAACAAAUAUACGGAAUUAUCCUUAUGGUGAUGGACGAGCAAGGCACCCGCCUACAGAAACUGUCUCUGAUGGUGCUGUUGUGAUGGGAAGCCCUGUUGCGCCUCCCAUGAAUGGGGACAUGUUCAGAGAUAUCAGUACAGAAAAUGCAAUAAUUCCAGGACAGAGGAGGUUGGGCAAAGGUGUAGAGUCUCUAGUAGAGGCCUCAGCUGCUGAGGCUGAAGCUAUAAGUGCAGCACUGGCUGCUGCUAAAGCUCGGCAGAGUAAUGGAAUAGUAGAUCAAUCUCCUGAUAGAGAUGGAGGCGCAGAGUCAACCUUAAGUGGGAAGAAAUUAACAACACCGAGCAAGACUCAAGAUGCAGUAGUGCCAAACUAUACUCCACCUACUGGAGUUAGGCUUCAUCACAGAGCGGUGGUUGUUGCUGCAGAGACUGGUGGAGCCUUAGGUGGAAUGGUAAGAUCACUUUCCAUAGAUCAGUUUGAAAAUGAAGGUCGCCGAGUGAGCUAUGGAACACCUGAGAGUGCCAAUGCAGCGAGAAAGUUGUUGGACAGGCAAAUGUCAAUUAAUAGUGUGUCUAAAAAGGUCUUAGCAUAUUUGUUAAAGCCUCGGGGCUGGAAGCCUCCAGUACGCAGACAAUUCUUCUUAGAUUGCAAUGAAAUUGCUGAACUUUGUGAUACUUCAGAACGAAUUUUUUCUCGUGAACCAAGUGUUUUGCAAAUCAAGGCUCCUGUGAAAAUAUUUGGGGAUUUACAUGGUCAGUUUGAGGAUCUAAUGCGUUUAUUUGAUGAGUAUGGAGCUCCAUCAACUGCAGGUGACAUAACGUAUAUUGACUAUCUCUUUCUGGGAGAUUAUGUUGAUAGAGGGCAACAUAGUCUAGAAACAAUAUCACUGCUACUGGCCCUCAAGGUUGAGUAUCCACACAAUGUUCAUUUAAUCCGGGGUAACCAUGAAGCUGCAGAUAUUAAUGCUCUUUUUGGGUUCCGAAUUGAGUGCAUUGAACGCAUGGGAGAGAGGGAUGGAAUAUGGGCAUGGCAUCGCAUCAAUCAACUAUUUAAUUGGUUGCCUUUGGCAGCACUUAUUGAGAAAAAAAUUAUAUGCAUGCAUGGUGGAAUUGGCAGGUCAAUUAACCAUAUAGAGCAGAUUGAAAAUUUGCAACGCCCAAUAACUAUGGAAGCAGGAUCUGUGGUUCUGAUGGAUUUGUUAUGGUCAGAUCCAACUGAGAAUGACAGUGUUGAAGGUUUGCGGCCAAAUGCUCGAGGACCUGGUCUGGUUACUUUUGGGCCAGAUAGAGUGAUGGAAUUUUGCAAUAAUAACGAUCUACAGCUAAUUGUACGAGCACAUGAAUGUGUCAUGGAUGGUUUUGAGCGCUUUGCUCAAGGCCAUUUAAUCACCCUUUUCUCGGCAACGAAUUACUGCGGUACUGCAAACAAUGCUGGCGCAAUCUUAGUCCUUGGCAGAGAUCUUGUUGUAGUUCCGAAACUGAUCCAUCCACUUCCUCCAGCAAUUACAUCACCUGAAACAUCACCUGAACGCCAUGCAGAGGACACAUGGAUGCAGGAGCUGAAUGUUCAGAGGCCUCCGACACCUACAAGAGGGCGUCCUCAGACCGCAAAUGAUCGUGGUUCCCUUGCCUGGAUUUGAAACUGUGUUUUUGUUUCCCUUUCACAAGAUGUACAGCCUGGAGUCUCUGCUGCUUGGUGGUAGCUCUACCUAGGAUCUGUAAAAUAUAUAGCAGUUUUUACUGCAUAAAGGUCAGACGUUUCCUUUGGGCUUUGCUUUCAUCCAUCACACAACUGUGUAUCUGACUCUGACAGCUUACUCUCCAAGAUAUUACUGUAGAAAAGUCUUUGAUGAUGGGAAUGAUACUAUUUUUCAUUACGAGUCAUGGCUGAAUGAGGACCUUAAUAAUGGAUGAGGCUGCUGUAUAAAUCUAAGCGAUGACGACAGCUGCAAUUGGUGGUCUUGCGCACAUCUCUGAGAUUUUAGUAAUGGGUACAGCUUCAAGAGUCAUCGAUAUGGUUUAAAGCAUCUGGAAGUUGGCACAGAGUUUGUAUUGAAGAGAAUCAGGAAAGCUGACUUCUAACAUCCCCUAAGAAGAAAGGAGUAUAAAUUGAGUCCUCAGUGAGAUGGUAGCCAUUGUUUUUCAAGUCUAAUGUGUAUUUGAGCCAAGGGUAGGUAGUUAAUAGGCAUAAUCAUAUCUUUACUGAGGUAGAUGUGAGUAUUAUAUAUUAUUUCCUGGGUUGACAGGCACCGCCUGUACCCAAUUCAAAUGUUAGCAUGAGUCAAAAUAUCCAGGAUUGUUGAUUUCCAUUAUUCCUUGUCAAUUAAUGACUAUAGAUUCGUUGAAGCAGUUUACAUCUGCCAUCACUUACGCAAUAUGGUGUCUUGAGCCAAGGGUAGUAAAGUCUGCUAUUUGCUGUAGGCAGACUGAGUACCAUAUAAAAUCUAUAAAUUGGGUGUAUUCUGGCUCCUUCUUAUGUUGUAACACCAUGUAACAUAAGUGUGCAGUAAGUGCAUGUGCAUUUUUUAUAGCUUUUUGUUGUUGUACAACAGAGAUUUUUUGUGUGUGAAGAACAUUAUUCAGGGUUUCCAACUACUAUCUGCCUUUUUUAGCAGCCAAAAAGGCUGCCACAUUUUGAAAAAUAAAUAUGAUUGGUUUAUAUA